AUGCCGAAGCCGUGCGAAGCGUGUCAAUCGAGCGCGGCUUUAAUCUUCUGCAGAGCCGACUCGGCGUACCUUUGUCUUGCGUGCGACGGCAAGGUGCAUGGCGCGAACAAGCUCGCCUCUCGACACGAGCGCGUGUGGGUCUGCGAAGUUUGCGAAAUGUCGCCGGCUGCGGUAACCUGCAAAGCCGACGCUGCGGCUCUUUGUGCGACGUGCGACGCCGACAUUCACGAGGCGAACCCACUCGCGAAUCGCCACGAGCGCGUUCCCGUCGUCCCGUUCUACGAGUGCCCUUCGUCUAUCAAAAGCUCCGCCUCUGCUGCACCGCGGAUGCUCCCGCCGCACAUGCCGCCACACAUGUCGCCUUAUAUGGCGCCGUAUAUGGCGCAGCAUAUGCAAAUGGCUGGCUCUGUUCCUCCGCGGCCGAUGUUACCAUCGCCUUACUUCCCGUACGCGCACCUCCCGCCGCACAUGCAGCCGCAAAUGCCGCUGCACAUGCCAUCGCACAUGUCGCCGCACAUGCCGUCGCACUAUCCGGCAUCUCCGCACGUCCCCUCCACGCUUCCCCUCCUCCACCGUCCGGCACACGUUGCGCAACCUCCUGCUUCUAAAUAUCCUAAAACAGAGUCUGCUGACGUGUCAGAUCUCCUGUUUGACGUGGACCCAUUCCUCGACCUCGAGCAGUACGGCGGCGGCGACCGCAGCGCAACGCCCGUCGACGCGAAACUAGCCUCAGCGAAACCGCCUGCGCACUCCGCGAUGGCUAAGAAGGGCGUGAAAGAGAGCAUGGUGGUGCCGGUGCAAUCCCAAGACGAAGGCGCUUCGGCCGUGGCUGGCCGUCGCGAAUGCUCCCCUUCCCUCUACUCCUCCCCAUCCUUCUCCGUUUCCUCUCAAGUCGACACGCACCUCGUUCCUAGCAGCAGGCAGGCCGCCGACUCCGCCGCGACCGCCGCCGCGUUUGACGCCAGCGCCACGUCGUCAUCCCGCGUGGGUCACCCCGCUUCGGAAAGCCCCGCCGUGCUGCGCUCCUCCCUCCCUUCCGCCUCGUCGCUCCCCUCGGCUUCCCCGCUCCCGCCCGCCUCCCCUUACUCUCCCUCGACCUUUUCAAGCCCGGGCCCUCUCCACCCGCUUGCGCGCGAGGCGCGCGUGAUGCGGUACCGGGAGAAGCGCAAGGCGCGGAGGUUCGAGAAGACGAUCCGCUAUGCGUCGCGGAAGGCGUACGCGGAGAGCCGCCCGCGCGUGAAAGGGAGAUUCGCGAAGCGGACCGAGAUGGCCGAGGGCGGAGCGGGGUCUCCUGCUGCCUUCAGUGCAGCAGUCAACGGGGUCAACGGAGUGGAUGCGUGUGGGAGCUUUGAGGACGUGGAAGGGGAGCAGUUUAAAAUGGAAGAGGGGGUAGCCUGCGACCUUGACUUCGCGCUCGCUGACGCUCCCUUCACCAUGAUCCCCGCUUUCCUGUGA